GCGGCGGUGGGAUGGUCCGGAAACCCCGUGAUAAAAAGAGGCAGCGGGGAGAGCGGGAAGCGCCGGAAUCGUCCUCCCCGCGCUGCGCACGCUGCAGGCGCCCGCGCCCCGGCUCCAUGUGACUGCCCCGCACCACCGCAUGGACCCGGCCCGCGGCAGCGGCGGACGCUGAGCGGCUCGGCCGGGACAGCACAGCACAGCGCAGCGCAGCGCGGCGCAGCGGCUCCGCGCCGGCCGCAGCGGCAAGGAAGGUGACCACCCCGGGACUUGGUUCUGUUCAUCUUGCAUGUGAGAUCUGAACUGGAGCGGAGGAAUCUAAAGCCAUCACCAUGGAUUUUGUCAUGAAACAAGCUUUAGGAGGGGCAACCAAAGACAUGGGGAAGAUGCUGGGUGGGGAUGAAGAAAAAGAUCCUGAUGCUGCCAAGAAAGAAGAGGAACGACAGGAAGCCCUUAGGCAGGAAGAGGAGGAAAGGAAAGCAAAAUAUGCAAAGAUGGAGGCUGAAAGAGAAGUCAUGAGACAAGGAAUUCGAGACAAGUAUGGGAUAAAGAAGAAGGAAGAAAGGGAAGCUGAGGCUCAGGCUGCACUGGAAGCAAAUGCUGAAGGAAGUCUGACACGUCCAAAGAAGGCCAUACCUCCAGGCUGUGGAGAUGAAGAGGAAGAGGAAGAGGAAAGCAUUCUAGACACAGUCAUCAAAUAUCUACCUGGGCCUCUUCAAGACAUGUUUAAGAAGUAAUGAUUGCAGACUGUCAGACUGUCAUGAACAGUAAAGCAAUGGAUUUCUCAUUGUCAAAUGGGAAUUUACAAUCUUGCCACACACAUCACACAACCCUAUCUUCCCUUCUUUUCACGCACUAUAAUUCCCUUCCCUGACCUCUCCAGGCCCUCCCCUUCCAGAUUCCAUCCCAUUCCUAUUUUGUAUAUAGUCACAUCCAGUAGAUGCCUCUGAAUGGAUGUAAAGAUUAAUGAGCUGCAGUCUACACAACUUUUAUUAUAAGCCAUAGUACUAUGUAUGUUAAAUAAGGCAACUGUACAUUAAGCAGAGAAAAGGAACAGUUUCAUGUUUGUUUCCAUCAAAAGCAGGAAGGAGCAUUCACUAUGAGUGAACAGUGGCUUUUUUUGUUUUCUUUAAUUAUUAUUAUUAUUAUUAUAUGAGAUUUGAUUGGGCCACCUGGUUGUUCAUUGUGGAGCGCAUCUCUCAUAACAAGGGAUGUCUUCAUACCCAAUGCAACACACGUUUUCUGUUUCAUUCCAUAAUCCUCAUAAAUAAGAGAUAAUUUGGAAAUUGAACCAUGUGUAAUUCCUCCCUCUAACACUGUUCUUAAAGUUGUAGAAGGUCUGAGCCUUCUGCACUCAUUGUUGAUAUUAGAUAUCAAAAGCCUCAGAAUCUAAGCAAGAGUCAUGUUGCUUUGGGAAUAGCCAUAUAACUACAAGUGAGACCAGAUCUUAGUCUGAAAGGUGCUGUAACCAGAUCUAAACCAAACUGGUUCUGUAGUAUUUUGGUACAGAACAUUCCAGACCAGGGGUGUGAAACACCCAUGAUUGAACAGAUCGAUUAACCAACCUUCCUCUUUUUGCAAAGUUGUGUGUACUAAUGCCAUACCCAGCCCUGUUUCCAGGAACUAUAUUUUGUCCUCAGUAAGUGUUGUAAAUAUGUACUGUUCCCCUUAAGGAUGUGGGAGAGAGGUGUGAUUUUAGAGUUGGAGAAGAGAACCAGGAGGGAGAAACUCCUGAGUUCUGCUACUCUUUCUGAUGCUAAUUCCCCCAUGACCUUGGGUAAAUUACUUAAUCUUUAUGCCCAAGCUUCUCCAGCUGGCAAUUGGAGAUAAUGAUACUCACCUACCUCACAAGGGUGUUGUGAGGAUCAGUUGGAUAAUGCUUGUAAGGUGCUGCUCAGGAGCUAAGUAUUAUUAUAACACUCUGUGGCACCAUUGGGUGCUUGCACUUUACUUAGUAAUGUCCUACCAAUUUAUUUAAAAUAUCAGGCUCUGAUUUAGAAGGUCUCCCAACCCAGUGUGGUAAGUACUGAAGUACUGUACCGGAACAGCCAUUUCCCCAAGGAGUUGCUGCCUUACAUAAAUGUGCACAAUCUGAUUUGUAACAUGCUUCUCAUAUACCUGAUCUGUUUUUUUGGAGAACUGAACUUCAUGUCUUACAGCUCUGUGGUCAGAGUCAAUAUGGACAUCUAAAGCUUCAUCCUUAAAGUGGUAGCUUUGUUUGAUGUUCUUUUUGUGAGAUAUCAAUAUGAAUCUGAACCAGAGACCAUGGAAGUUAAUGGGACUCUUUCAAUUGGUUUCAAUGACCUUUAGGAUCAGGCCUAAUGUGGAUUUAGUUUGCACCAACUCUAUUCACAUUAGGUAGCAUAGGAUACUUCUCAAUGGGCACAUCUACAUGCGACACCACAUCGCUGUAACAAUGUGUUACACUGACAUAGCAUCUGCGGGGUUGUACACAUGACCAGCAGCUACUUCACUGUAGCAAUGUGCUCCCCCCUUAUAGCGUACCGCUAUGGUGAAGUAGCUGCUAAAAAUAAUUGUGCACAGUGCGCACUGCGCUGUUACUGCUCUGUGAUUUACUACUUCCAAAAGGAAGUACUAAAUCAUAAUGCAGUAACAAUGUCACCAGAGACAUUGUAACAACAGAUGUAACAAUGUCGCCAUAGACACGUAGACGUGCCCAAAUGGUCUUACUAAUUUUAGUGUGUCUGAUCAUUGUGUGAGUGAGUGAUGGAGUAGAAAUAGGCACAUUGUGUGAGGAUUCAGCCCCCAAAAUCAUCCUCAGCCCAAGAGACUCUGUAGUGCACUGUAUCAUACUGUAGGUUCCACAAAGAAGAUACCAUUCUGUGGGCUUUUUUUGGCCCAUCCUUGCCUUAUCAAUCAUUUGCCUGACCUUCCUCCAUUAGCUAUCAGCCUGUUCUGCCACUUUUUUCCUUGGAUGCUGCAUUCCUAAAACAUGUACAGCACUUACUGCCUUGCCCCUUCUCUUUUUUGUUAUUCUGUGUUGGGUUUUUUGGGAAUUUUCUUGUGGAGACUGACUGUCCCGCUUUAUACCAGCUUAUUGAAUUCCAUCAUUUUUCUCAAACAAGCCAUUGCCUAGUUGUACUAACAUCAGUAUCUCCACUACAUGGUCUCCCUUCUGAUCAUAGUAAGCAAGUUACAAGUGGGGUUGCUUUUUAAUAAAUAUUCCAUUUGGUUUUUGAGUUGACCUAUUAAGAGAAUGAAAUUUUGCAGAAAGGAUGAUAAAGUAGAGCAAGGGAACAGGUCAUCUAGCAAAAUUCAUAAAGCCUAAGAAACCAUUAGAAUUGUGGAGUCUUCCAGCUCAGCUCUGUCACUUGAAAAUGGAAUCGUUCAUCAGUCCUUCUUCCACUGAAGUCAACAGGAGUUGUCUGUUUGCCACUGAGUUCAGUAGGAGCAGGUAUAGGCCCAAGAUAUUUAUGUUUUAAUUAUUUUGAUAAAGAAACCUGAUAGGAAGAAUAUGCGGUCUGUGAGUUACUUGUUGGCCAGUAGCUCUAAGAGGACAAGGACUGUAUGCACUGACAAGAUUUGCCUCAAAUAACUUUUGGUAUCUUGAUUAAGUUACGGGCCAGAAACAAAGUCUUUUUCAAAGGGGUUCUCCACUUGCAAAGUGCCUAACACAGUUUGAACAAAGUUGAAAUGGGCACAUCCCCAUCUUGAAUCACCAACAUGGUCCCCAACACCUUCAGCUAAUUAACACUACAGAAAAGGGUGAGGGGAACUGGGAAAACUCCACACAAAGCACUGGUCAGAUGUCAAAGCACUCAAACUAGACCAAAGAGAAACAUGGUUCAUUGUUUGGAUUCUGAAUAUCUCUUUGUGUUUCCAUGCCAUCAUUUUAUUUGUAUCAUCAAUAUGUUCAAUCUCAGGUAAAUGAGGUCAUCUGGUUUUGACUGAUUUUUCAUUAGACAGAAAGGUGGGCAGCUAUUUGUUGCUGUCCUUUCUUCUGCACAACUCCAGGGCCUUUCUGUUUAACAAAAAAAAUCAAAAGGCCUCCACUCUUUGGAAGGCAAAUAAUUUAGUUUGACAUUGACCUUCAUGAACUUACAUCUAUCUUUAGAGAAAGCCAUAUGAAAUCAGACUGCAAUAUUAAUUAUGAAUGAUACUCUCUGUUAAAAAAAAGAGAGACUAGAUCAUGUGCUAAAUCACUUUGGAGUUUCUCUGUCUAUGUUUCUAGUACUAUUGUUAGCUUAGUCCUCCCCCUUUCCUUUGUCAAAGAAAGAUCAUAUCAAUGCUGCUGAAUACAUCUCUUGGACAAGCUUACUGCGCUAGCAUAAACGUUGUUAGAAACCAGUUGUUGUGACCUCAAUGUAAUGUCCUCUGUAUAUGAAAUGUGUCUGUAUCUGUUUUAUUCUGUGUUAUCAAGAUAAUGUUUUGUGUGUUAAGUCAGUAAAAUGUUUCAGUAACUGUCUUUUAAAAAAUUGCUUGUUUUCACAGACACACACAAACAUACCCAAAAGGUAGCACCCUUCCUAAAUGGUGCAUUUUCUAAUAGAAAUGCUCCCACACUGUCUCCAACAUGCAUGCAGUACCUUCCAAGCAGCCAAAAGAUGAUUUACAGUAGAGGUUUUGUGAAUAUACAUUUAGUUUGUAAUUUGCCUGCUACCUUUUCCUGCAUGAUGUGGGUAACUGAUAUAAUGCUCUUUUAAAUGGAAUCACAGCCAAUAAAAAAAUAAAGUGAUUUCAUACAUUUUU